UCUUUUUUCCCCCGCACACUUGAACGCUCCUCGUUGGAUAUUCGAGCUCUGAUCAUGUCGUUGCAUUUCCACGCAGCCGCGCAGCCCUACACUGCCUGCAAGAAUUUCUCCCCGCAAAAAAAGAAAAAAGAACACCGCCAGCGCAUGCGCAUCACGGCGAUGUGAGCACGGGAACCUUCAGGUUCAGUUCAGGCAACACGGCGACACCACGCCACCUCAGUGCUGCUGCAUUUGGUCGUUCAGGUGCGCGCGCGCGGCCGGGCGAGAGAGCACGCGGAAGCGGAAACAGAGGGAACUCAGGGUCAGGGAAGGGAGCGAGGGAGCCUGCCGAUCUGCCACCGCCACCGGCAUCGUGAAUUCGGGACCCCACCGGCAGAGACACUAACCCUAGGCAUUGGUCCGGGAGGGAUCAUCCAUCCGGGCAUCUUCCUUCCUUCCCAGGCGCGGGCGUCCGUGGCGGCGAUGGGCGCGGGCGGGAGCCGGGCGCGGCAGAACGCGAUGCGGUCGGGGGUCGUGGUGCUGGGCGCCGUCGCCUUCGGCUACCUCUCCUUCCGCGUCGGCUUCAAGCCCUACCUCGACCUGGCGCAGGAGGCCAUCGACUCCUCCCACGACCCCGCCGCCGCCGCCGCAUCCGACGACUCCGGCGCCGACCAUCCCGGGGAAGGUGUGGCCGACCCCGCGCCGUCCAAGGACCCGGCCGUCGUGCUCCGCGACUGAGGCGCCCGCGGGGGUCGCGGGGAGCGGUGCUCUCCUCGCGCGUUUGGUUGCGCCAUUUCGACGAACGCCUUGUACGCAGUCCUUGCUUCGACUGUGUUUCGUGCACUGGAAUUGGAAUCUUUCAGUUUCUCAGCUUAUUUUGUGCUUUUUCCUACUGUUUUGAACUGGUUUGUACUUGAUGCCGAUUACAAAGUUUGCUGUUUGAUUGAUUUGCAUGGAGGAAUAAGAGUCCUGUGUUAGCUUCGGGUGA